AUGCGCUGGAUCAACACCAUCGCCAUGGAAAAGCUAGGUGCUUCCUUCACGUCCUUCUUUGGCGGAGCAGGAGACGUGCUGCUUUCUCUCGUUACUUCACCCGACUCUCCUAAAUGCACCAGCUUCCCUUGGGGACGUCUGUUCUAUGUUGACCAAGAAAACCCUCUCAAGACAAGCGACGCCCUUCAACAAAUCCGUCAUCGCAUCUACUCAUUCGUUUGGUCUCAAGACCGUCAAGACCCCGAUGAUGGAGACUUCAUCGUGACUCAAUGGGGCGUCCGUCGCAACCUCAACCGUCGCUACCCUCGAUCCUUCAUUGAUGUUCACCAUGACCUAACUCUCCUUCACCACGACACUGGACUCCUCUUCACCAAUGUCGCCACCUCCAAGGACUUUACCGAGUACAUCUACAGCGUGAGCAAGGUCGAGAUCCCCAUCACAGCCACGUACGACACCGAUCAAAACGUCCAAAACGGCGGAUGGCGCUCUCACGACGAUGAGGACAUGCUAGUGCACAGCCUCUACAACAACAAGCGCCUCUUUGAAGAGCACGCGAAAAACGUUGAUGUAGUCGUCAUCUUUCAAGAAAUUACAAACGACGGAGCCUUUUACGACGCAGACACGCACCUCGAUAAAAUCCGUCAUGUCCUCAACUGCUGGGACAUUGGCGCCAAGGGUGGUGAGCUCCGCGUCAUUGUCAACUACGUUACCAAUCACGUCACAGAUCUCGAGCUCGAAACCGCGGCCCGAUUUGGAUUUGCGCCAAAGGGCACUUACGAGUUGGACGACGAGCGCGUUGACAACAAAGAUGAAUGCAAGUUAAGCCAAGCAAACACAGCUUUCAUCACCACUUCUUCUCACACCAUAGAAAUCAUGGCCGAUUCAUGGGAUGUUCCUAUUCAAACCCGCCCCGACGAUGGUGGUUCGUGGUUUGAACUCUCCAUGGAGCCCAAGAGCUUCAUCACUCUUACCACUGCCGUCGUCCCAUCGGUAGUACCCACUGCACUGGCAGAGGAGACUCCUUCCAAGGGUACCACACCCUGGUUGUACGCCACAGUGGGAUGCAUCAUCUUUAUUGUUUUCCUCUUCAUCUUUAUCUGCAUCCAGUGGAUGGGACACAGACAGGUUCACAGGGAGGAUAAGAGCCGGAAGCAGGCGGAGCGCCGAGUUGAGGCCAUCAUGGCGGAUAACCGUGACUUUCAGAAGGAUGAGGAAGAGGGUCGCCGUCCUUGA